AUGGACAAGCUGAAGGAGAAAUUGUCAUCUUUGCGUAUGGAGGCGGAUGAGGCAAAUUUACGAGCAGACGAGUUGGCAGCAAGAAUUAAGCAGUAUGAGCAUGAAUUUGCACUUAAGGAGCAAGAAAAUGCAAGUCUAAUACAUAAAAAUGAGCUUCUUGAAAAAGAAAUUGAACGGCUUGAACAGCAAUUGCUGGAGGCAAAGAUGGUGGCAGAAGAUGACUCUGGAUGCCGAAAUAUCAGUGAAAGUCUUCAAAAAAAGAUCCAAUUAUUAGAGGAGGAGCUUGAGAAGAAUGAUGUAAAUCUCCAGAAGACGACGGAUGAAUUGCGGCAUAUGGAUCUAAAAUCAGAGUAUUUUGAGCGUAAAGUUUUAGUGCUUGAAAAGGAGCGUGAUGAGAUCGAGGCAAAGUAUGAGGAAAUGAUUAAAAAGUAUGAUUUGGUUAAAGCAGAGCUGGAUGAAGUUAAUCAGCAACUUGAAAAUCUCUAG